AUGUCUGCCAAAAGUGUCAACGGCUCAGAAGGCAAGAAGCCUGCCUCUGCAGCUACCAACUUGAUCGCUGGAGGUGUAGCAGGUAUGAUGGAGGCACUUGUAUGCCAUCCUCUAGACACCAUCAAAGUCCGCAUGCAACUCUCAAAGAGAGCCCGCGCGCCGGGUGUGAAGAAGCGCGGCUUCAUCGGUACCGGAGCAGACAUCAUCAAGAAGGAAACCCCUCUGGGUUUAUAUAAGGGUCUCGGAGCUGUUCUCACGGGUAUCGUGCCAAAGAUGGCAAUUCGGUUUACGAGUUUCGAGGCGUACAAGAAGUUGCUUGCGAACAAGGAGACGGGGCAAGUUAGUGGACAAUCGACAUUUUUGGCCGGUCUGGCAGCAGGUGUGACCGAAGCAGUGACUGUUGUGACGCCAAUGGAGGUGAUCAAGAUCCGAUUACAGGCCCAGCAUCAUAGUAUGGCCGACCCGCUUGAUGUUCCCAAGUACCGAAACGCUGCACACGCCCUGUACACCGUGGUGAAGGAAGAAGGAAUUGGCGCACUUUACCGUGGUAUCUCUCUGACUGCGUUACGGCAGGGAUCCAACCAAGCCGUCAACUUCACCGCCUACACCGAAUUCAAGGAGAUCCUCCAGAGAUGGCAACCCCAGUACCAUGACACCACUCUCCCAAGUUACCAGACCACGCUCAUCGGACUUGUUUCCGGAGCUAUGGGCCCUCUGAGUAACGCACCAAUUGACACCAUCAAGACCAGACUGCAGAAGACCCCCGGCAAGCCCGGCGAGACCGCCCUGAGCAGAAUAACUGCCAUUGCCAAGGAUAUGUUCAAGCAAGAAGGUUUCCAUGCUUUCUACAAGGGUAUCACCCCCCGUAUCAUGCGUGUUGCUCCCGGUCAAGCCGUCACGUUCACCGUCUACGAAUUCUUGAAGUCGAAGUUGGAGAACAGCCAAAUGCCGUUGGUGGGCGGGAAAUACGAGAAAUAG